GAAUAUUCCAGCGAGUAGCGCGAGGCCCUCCUCAACAUCUCGUCGAAGACCCACCAAGUCUAGGAGCAUCGUCAGAAAGUGGGGGAUAUAAAUUCGCGAGUUCGGCCACAACACACAACACACUUUCGAAGCAUCUAACCGCGGGCCGAGGAUAUAAACAUCACUCAGUCGACAAAGCGAUAACACCGGUUGUAAACACAUCGGCACAUCGCGGGUUUUCAGUGACACCUGUUGUGCGAGGUCAAUAAUUAUCUCGUUCGAAUAUUCUCUGAAGGCUAUUAACGAGGAUGGCACUCGACUGGGGAUAUGGACAAACAAAUGGUCCCAAAACAUGGCCAGAGUGUUUCCCUGAUGCAGCUGGCCCCAGGCAGAGUCCCAUUGAUAUCAACCCAGUGGACUUGAAGACACUGAAUACUAAUAGGAAGCUGCAAUGGAAAUAUGUGCCAGAGAAUACGGAUGAAGUUUCCAAUCAAGGAUAUGGUUGGAAAGUUCAAGUGAAUGGGGAAGGGUCAGAAUUGACUGGAGGUCCAUUGGAUGGAAAAUAUGUACUUGAACAAUUCCAUUGUCACUGGGGAGAAUCGAAUGAUAGGGGCUCUGAACACACCAUCAAUGGCGAAACUUUUGCAGGAGAGCUCCACCUGGUUCACUGGAAUUCUACCAAAUAUCGUACAUUUGCUGAUGCAGCGAAAUAUCCUGAUGGUUUAGCAGUUUUGGGAGUAUUUUUGCAACCAGGAAGAAAGCAUCCUGAAUUAGAGAAAGUGGUAGCACAACUGAACAGGAUUGAAUAUAAAGGCGAGAAUGCGAAGAUCAAUGUACCACUCAAUCCAGCGCAGUUUCUUCCCAGUAACAGUGGUUAUUAUACCUACCAUGGCUCUCUCACAACACCACCAUGUUCUGAGUGUGUUAUUUGGAUAGUUUUUAAGGAACCGAUCGAAGUUUCCCAUGAUCAGCUGAUGACAUUCAGAACCAUGAAAUCCUACUCCCGAGAAGAUAAUUGUCCGUGUGACGAAUAUAAAGGGUUCGUGAAGAAAAACUUCAGACCGACUUUACCACUAGGUCAAAGAGAAGUCAAGGAAUGCAGGCAGUGACCAAAGAAGAUUUUGCUAGUGAAACUAUUCAUUGUCAUAUUAUUGUGACAUAUGUACUAUUCCCGUAUAACAAACUCAAUGUUCUGCUAUCAGUCUAUAAUAAGUAACUAGGUAACAAUUACCUAUCUUUUUCUAUUGUUAUAGCAACUGGAAGGAAAAUGUGUGUAUACCAUUUGGUUCGGAUAUUGUGGAUGAUUUACUCUGAUUGAAUAGAUAUAUUUGAAGGGAUUUAACGUAGCUAUAGAUAUAGUAGUUCACGAAACUAACGGAAUUCCAUGAUAUAAAUACUCAAUAUAGUGGAUCACUAGAAUAUCUUCAAGAAUUAAAUUCAUGACUCAUUCAUUAGUUGCUUGUGUGGUUUCAUUUAGCUACAUAUAUAUAGAUACGUGAGUUCUUUUCAUCUCGAAGUCUUAUGAUCAUAAUUUUGCACCAAGAUACAACUGAUAGCACUUUUUGAUCAAAAACCAUAUGUAACCUACAUAUAGUAAAUUCUUGACCAAUGACCAUACUUCCAUAUUAUUCAGAUUAAUUUCAUAUCAUUCAGGUUUAUAUAUAUAUACCUACUCAUACUUUGAAUUUGAUUGAUUAGAACUUGUAUGCAAGUUCCUCAAGGAGAAAUACAUUAAUUAUUUUCAUGAAUAUGAUCGAUGUAGGUACAGUAAUGUUGCAUCAAUCAGAAUUUGGCCACAUUAUAUCUCAGUG